AUGGAUUCUUCGAAAUUCAGAGAAGCGGCGAAAGGCGCCAUUGAUGAGAUCGCAAAGUACUAUGAUACCCUGGAAGAACGGCCAGUUCUCCCCUCUGUCAAACCAGGCUACCUCCGCCCCCUUCUCCCAUCAUCCACCCCCGAAGAAGGCGAAUCAUGGGAGACCAUCCAAGCAGACAUCGACCGCGUCAUCAUGCCGGGUCUGACCCACUGGCAGAGCCCAAAAUUUAUGGCCUUCUUCCCCUGCAAUUCAUCGUACGAAGCCAUGAUCGGCGACAUGUACAGCGGUGCUUUCAACGCCGCAGCAUUCAACUGGAUCUGCUCCCCCGCCAUCACCGAGCUCGAAACCAUAGUCAUGGACUGGGUAGCUAAGCUCAUCGCUCUGCCAAAAGAGUUCCUGAGCGACGGUGAAGGCGGAGGCAUCAUCCAAGGUACAGCCAGCGAAGUCGUGCUAACAGCCCUCGUUGCCGCCCGCGAACGCCUCAUCCGCCGUAAACUUGGCGAUAUGCCCGAAGGCGAGGAGCGCAUGGAUAAAGCAGCGGAUAUCCGUGGUAAGCUCGUCGCUCUGGGAUCUGAACACGCACAUUCUUCUACGCAGAAAGCCGCUAUAAUAGCCGGAACGAGAUACCGCAGCGUCCCUGCAUCAGGCGAAUCAAACUACAGCGUCACCGCCUCUGCUCUCCGUAGAACGAUCGAGGAAUGUCGUGCGAAGGGUCUAGAACCAUUCUACUUUACCAUCACAAUUGGCAGCACGGGCACCUGUGCCACCGACGAUUUGGAAGGCAUCGCCGCACUUGCUAAAGAAUUCCCCGAUCUAUGGAUCCACGUCGACGCAGCAUAUGCCGGUUCUGCUCUUGUGUGCCCAGAAUAUCAGCAUCUAUGCACGCCAAUCGCAUCAUUCGACUCCUUCAACUUCAAUCUGCACAAGUGGCUAUUGGUAAACUUUGAUUGCUCAGCUUUCUUCGUGAAGAAGAGGAAGGAUCUUAUGGAUACGUAUAGUAUCACCCCUAGCUACCUGCGCAACCCCCACUCAGACCAAGGCCUCGUUACGGACUACCGGGACUGGCAGAUCCCGCUGGGCCGCCGUUUCAGGAGUUUGAAGGUGUGGUUCGUGCUAAGGAGUUAUGGCGUUAGUGGGUUGAGGCAGUUCAUCCGCAAGCAUGUGAAGCUAGGAGAGUACUUUCAUGAGUUGCUGCUGCAGAAGCCGGAACUUUUUAGCGUGACUACAAAGCCGGCGUUUGGGCUAGUAACUUUCCAGGUUAAACCGAAGAUGGGCAUGUCUGGCAAGGCGGCGAAUCAGGCUGAUCCGACGCAUGAGGCCUUGCAGAAUGACUUCCACGCUGAUGCCGAGGCGCAGUAUAGGGAGAUGGUUAAUCAGAGGACGAAAGAGGUUUAUGAGAAGGUUAACGCCAAGGGGGAUUUCUUCUUGACGAGCACGAUUGUGGGCGGGCAGUAUGUUAUCAGGGUUGUUAGUGCGACAUUGAAGAGUGAGGAGAAGUGGAUGAAGCAAUUGUUCGAUGAGCUAGUAGAGAUUACGGAAGGAAAGGGCGAUGAUACGGCUGCUUGA